AUGAACGAUCAUGAUCUCAAGAGGUACAGCGUGAUUAUUCUGGAUGAGGCCCACGAGCGUACUCUUGCCACGGAUAUCUUGAUGGGUCUGCUGAAGGAGGUUAUCAAGCGGAGACCGGACUUGAAGAUCAUCAUCAUGUCUGCCACGCUCGAUGCGCAAAAGUUUCAGAAGUACUUCAUGGACGCCCCUCUGCUCGCUGUGCCUGGUCGGACACAUCCUGUCGAGAUUUUCUAUACGCCGGAGCCGGAGCGAGACUAUGUUGAGGCUGCGCUGCGAACGGUCCUGCAGAUUCACGCUACAGAAGCCGAUGGUGAUGUGUUGCUGUUUUUGACUGGAGAGGAGGAGAUUGAGGAGGCAUGUCGCAAGAUUCAAAUGGAGGCCGAUGAGAUGAUCCGGGAAGCAGAUGCCGGACCCCUGAAAGUAUACCCGCUAUACGGAUCUCUGCCGCCUGCACAACAACAGAGAAUCUUUGACCCAGCACCACCACCUUAUAAGUCCGGCGGGCGACCUGGUCGCAAGGUCAUUGUGUCGACCAACAUCGCCGAGACAUCUCUCACCAUCGACGGCAUUGUGUACGUGGUGGAUCCUGGUUUCAGCAAGCAAAAGGUGUACAACCCUCGAAUCCGUGUCGAGUCUCUGCUGGUGUCCCCGAUCAGUAAAGCCUCUGCACAGCAACGAGCAGGUCGUGCAGGUCGUACGCGUCCUGGAAAGUGCUUCCGUCUUUACACUGAAGCCGCUUUCAAGAAGGAGCUCAUCGAUCAAUCCUACCCAGAGAUUCUCCGCUCAAACCUGGCUAGCACGGUCUUGGAAUUGAAGAAGCUGGGCAUUGACGAUCUGGUGCACUUCGAUCUCAUGGAUCCACCUGCUCCCGAGACACUCAUGCGCGCAUUGGAAGAGCUCAAUUACCUUGCCUGCCUGGAUGAUGAAGGCGACUUGACCGCUCUCGGAAAGCUGGCAUCAGACUUCCCUCUCGACCCUGCAUUAGCAGUCAUGCUUAUCUCAAGUCCGGAGUUCUACUGCUCGAACGAGAUUCUCUCGCUCACGGCUCUCCUCUCCGUCCCACAGCUGUUCAAUCGCCCAGCAGCAGCCCGUAAGCGUGCUGAUGAGAUGAAGGCAUUGUUCGCUCAUGAGGAUGGAGACCACCUGACAAUGCUCAACGUCUACCACGCAUUCAAAGGCCCAGAAGCACAAGCCAACCCCAAGCAAUGGACACACGACCACUUCCUGUCAUUCCGUGCGCUGCAGCAAGCGGACAACGUUCGCAUGCAGCUGAAGCGAAUCAUGGAGCGUGAAGAGGUCGAGCUCAUCUCCACGCCAUUCACCGACAAGAACUACUACAACAACAUCCGGCGUGCUCUGGUCAGUGGGUUCUUCAUGCAGGUGGCGAAGAAGGAUUCAAGCGGCAAGAGCUACACGACUGUGAAGGACAAUCAAGCUGUCCUCUUACAUCCAUCGACGGUACUUGGUCAGGACUCGGAAUGGGUGGUCUACAACGAGUUCGUGCUUACGAGCAAGAACUACAUCCGUACUGUCACGGCUGUGAAGCCAGAGUGGCUGCUGGAUAUUGCACCCAAUUACUACGAUGUCGAUGCUUUCCCAAAGGGUGAUGUACAGACGGCGUUGCGGAGAGUGAUCAACAAGGCUCAGCGUAAGGCUGGCAGGUAGAAUUCCUUCAGAAGAGGUUUUGGUCAAUACGCACGAUUCGGUCAUGAUCAUCGCGAACAGAUGCAGCAUAGAGAUGAAACCGCAACACUCGCCAGACUCUCAGCCACCAAAUGUCAAUCGCAUUUCAAAGCUUCUCAAACGUCGACUUCGUCUUUUUGAUCCCACUCAUCAUCGCCUUCUUCACAUCAUCACUCUGCACCAUCGGCGAAUUCCAUGCCGCCGUAUACAGAAGCCCAUCACUGACCGGCCGAUCUCUGCUGAAAUCCAUCAACGCCUUCGAGCUCUGUACCGCGACUGGACUCUUUGUUGCGAUGAAGUUCGCCAGUUUUAAUCCUUCAGCCAACAAUUCCUCUUUCGUGUUCACCACCUCCGACACAAGCCCGACUCUCAAUGCUUCCUCUCCACCAAACUCCCUCGCAGUGUACACGACCGACUUCGCCCACGAAUACGAAACGCCAACUUUAGGCAGCCGAGUCAGCGUGCCUACAUCAGCAGCAAGCCCUACGUCGACUUCUUUGAUGCAGAACCGCACAUCCUUGGUAGACAAGCGGAUAUCGCACGCCACCGCCAGAUCUAUCGCAGCUCCAUAUGUCACGCCGUGCGCCAGGAAAAUCACAGGUUUCUCGCAUCGUUCGGGCGCACUAAUGCAGUUCUGAUAGCCUAGCAUGUGCCGGCGGACUCGCCAAGUCCGGCGAGCGAUGUCGUCUUCUUCUUGGGGUUUGGAGACUGGACCGGAGCUGGAGGAGGUUGUUACGUCCAAGCCUGCCGAGAAGUGAGGUCCGACGCCUGACAGGAG